AAAUACUGUUGCUCGGACCCGACGUCGGGCCUGAUAAAGUGUGGAUCAUGGUGGAUGUAAAUGGCACUUAUCGGCGAGCCAAUUUCAUUUUGGGUCUCACCACACCACAUGAUUUAAUUGACAAUGUGAUCAGAUUGUGCAAAAAAUUGUCACGUCUGGAUAAUACUUUGAUAACAAUUAUGCUUUUCGGCAACAUUGUUUUUUUACAAUGGCAAUACAUUUGACAUCUGUCACGAAAUCAAGAUUGCUAUGCUCGGGAAAUGGCGGGGCUUUGUCGUUGUAAACAAAUUUCUUAAAAGCGUGCAUCGGUUUUACUUUUCGAGGAAUAUUAAUACUAUAGAAAUGGCAUCAGCAGCAAAAAAGCCUAAACUUUCUCAGCCUUCAAUAUCUGGUUCAGAAUCAAAGACCUCAAUUGAUGAUUUUUUGAAAAGUCUGCAAUCCAAACGCGAAGAGACCGCCAAGUCGAUUUUAGAAUAUAAAUUCAACAAAAAGCGUCUUAGGAUAAUAUCUCAGGAGCAGAUGGUGCCUGACGACUGCGAGGGCAUCGUGUACUGGAUGUCUAGAGACAGUAGGGUGCAGGACAACUGGGCUUUUCUGUUUGCACAGAAGCUUGCAUUGAAGAACGAAGUACCGCUCCACGUGUGUUUUUGUUUGAUUGCGAAGUACUUAGACGCGUCUGUGAGGCAGUUUGACUUUCUUAUCAAAGGCUUAAAGACAGUAGCAGAACAGUGCAAGGAACUCGACAUAUCCUUCCAUCUGCUAGAAGGAGACGGCGGGGAUGUCCUACCACAAUGGGUGAUUGACCACAAGAUUGGGGCGGUGGUGUGUGACUUCAACCCACUGAGGACACCCUUGGGGUGGCUAGAGAAGGCCAAGAAGGGGUUGAAGAAAGAUGUGCAUUUGAUUCAGGUGGAUGCUCACAACAUAGUCCCAUGCUGGGUAGCCUCGGACAAGCAGGAGUACUCGGCGCGGACCAUUCGGAACAAGAUCAACUCCAAGCUGGAUGAAUACUUAACCCAGUUCCCACCGGUUAUCAAGCACCCUUACAAAAGCAAAUUUAAACCUGAGCCUAUCGACUGGGAGCAAGCCAUAGAAUCCCGCGAAGCCGAUAAAUCCGUAGGCCCGGUGGACUGGGCCGCGCCGGGCUACCACGCCGCAGUCAAAAUGCUGAAGAGCUUCCUCGACAAGCGGCUCGCGAUAUUCGCGACCAAGCGAAACGAUCCAACGCUGGACGCACUUAGCAAUCUCUCACCUUGGUUCCAUUUUGGCCAAAUCUCCGUCCAAAGAGUAGCCCUCUGCGUUCAAGAGUACAAGAAGAAACACACGGAGAGCGUCAACGCGUUCCUAGAGGAGGCCAUCGUGCGCCGCGAGCUGGCCGACAACUUCUGCUUCUAUAACGAGCACUACGACCGCGUGCAGGGCGCGCACAGCUGGGCGGCCAAGACUUUAGACGACCACAGAAAAGACAAAAGAUCUCACAUCUACACCCUCGAAGAACUAUCCCAGGCCAAAACCCACGACGACCUCUGGAACUCCGCGCAGAUACAACUCAACAAGGAAGGCAAGAUGCACGGCUUCCUGCGCAUGUACUGGGCUAAGAAGAUUCUAGAAUGGACGCCCAGCCCAGAAGAUGCGCUCAAGUAUGCGAUAUACUUGAACGAUCAUUACAGCAUCGAUGGACGGGAUCCUAGUGGAUAUGUCGGCUGCAUGUGGUCCAUCUGCGGCACGCACGACCAGGGCUGGGCCGAGCGCGCCGUGUUCGGCAAGGUGCGGUACAUGAACUACGACGGCUGCAGGAGGAAGUUCCCCGUGCCCGCCUUCGUGGCGAGGUACGGAGGAAAGGUUCACAAAUAUGUGCCUAAAAAGUAGGCAGGGUGUUACCAGAACUGCUGUCAGUCACUAAAACAAAUGUACUUUGCCGUAAAAAUCAUCAUGGAUGUCUUUUUAUAGGUUUUCAGGCAUUUUUUCCUAAGCUGAAACAGAGACACUUUCCGCUUACUCACGGCCUGAUGCGAACUUUAAAAUACAUCAAAUAUUAAGUCUACAUACGAUAUGGAUCGGAUGUCAAUGUCAAAAGCGACGUUUCUUCAAACAAAAACGUCUUUUUACAAGCUUUUAUUUACUUUCACCUGCCCUUUGUCUGUUUGUAAUCAAAUCUUGCAAGUUAAAUUUGACCCACUUCCCGGUUUCCGAUUGGGCUAAAAAUUUGCAUACAUAUGUAAGUCGGGUGACGAUGCAAUAUUAUGGUACAGUCAGCGUCAAAUACUUUGUAGCAACCAAAGUAGCCAAAUAGUUCGGUACACCAUAUAUUUAGUAUGGUGUACCGAACUAUUUGGCCACUUUCACUGCUACAAAGUAUUUGACGCUGACUGUACCAUCGAGCUGAUCUGAUGAUGGAGACAAGAGGUGGACGUAGGAACUCUCUAAUAAAACAACGCAACCUAAUUGUGUUUGGGGUUUUUAGAAUUGGCUCGAUGAGUAUUAGUUGUCUGUGGAAAGAAAGGUACAGUCAGCGAUAAAAGCUUGUACCAAAAAUGACAAUUUUGCCAAAAACUUAUUAUUUUACACUGACAUAUCUGAUCCAUAUCGUAUCUAGACCUAAUAUUUGACGUAUCUUAAAGUUUGAAUCGGGCUGUCAGUCAAUACAGCAGAUUGUAUCGGUAAAAAUUGUAUUGUAAAUGACGAUCCCUUUCCAGUUCUUUUUCCACAAUUUCAUUCAUUUCAUUUAUCAGCUAGAUCUAGGAAUAACGUUUGGCAAAAUCCGGUACAUGAACUAUGAGGAGUAUGAAGGCUGCAAGAAGAAGUUCACUGUACCCGCUUUUGUCGCGAGGUAUGGAGAAAAAAAAAAUAAGUGCCCAAAAAGUAGGCCUAAACAAUGUAUGUUCAGCCAAAUUGAUUAUGGCAUCGUCGAAAUCUCCACUCAAAAAUAACAUUACCAGAGAGCGCCAUCUACGAUUAACUUUUACCAGUCUUCCCCAUUAUGUCAUUAAAUACUAAAUAAUAAUUUUAGAUCCAUUAACUUCUCGAAGAUUGGUGUAGCUACAGGAAAAUCAAAAUCAAUCAUUAUUAUUGAAGUAAUCCUAUAGCAAAGAGAAUUAAGAAGACCAAGACUGCUCACUCUAUACAACGGUUUUGUUACCAUAAAUACUAUUAUUUUCGUAGUCUACAUCUAGCGUCAAGUAGCGGAACUCUCAGUACUGCUACUCGACGAUAGAUGUCGCGGCAAACAAAAAGUCUAAUGCAGGAAUCGGAACCGGUUUUUUGCAAAAGAUCGAAAUAACCAUAUAUUUCGGUUUAUUUUAUACUCAAAAUGUAGGACUCAGUUGUGUUUUUAGAUAACGACUUCGUAUUAUUAGAUUGCCCGAUUAGGAAUGAAAUAAUUAACAAAGAACGAAAAAAUACCGUUUUCGUUCCCAUACAAAAAAUACCGGUUUCCGAUCCCUGGUCUAAUGCUCAACGAUUUACCGCUAAUAUUAUAACCAGCGUAACCGGAACUCUAUUUACAACUCCUACGCUUACUCUGGUUAUAAUAUUAGCUGAAAAUCGUUGAGCAUUAGACUUUUUGUUUGCCGCGACAUCUAUUGUCGAGUAGCAGUACUGAGAGUUCCGCUACUUGACGCUAGAUGUAGACGACUUGGGACCGUGCGCUCUGGAGGGUCUGCCAUCUGCUCACUUCACGCCGAAGCAAGUGCUGCCAUCUACCGUUCUCGUACGUUUUCUUGUACAUAGUACGUUCUGCCAUCUUGUGGGCUACAUUGGAAGCAUUAACUUCACAUUUACACCUCGCGCCUAAAAUCUAACGUCUCCUGUGCUGCCCCCUACAGUUAAUGCGCGCUCUCUAUAAAUAAUAAUAUUGGGAGAAAGCGCGCCAAGGCUCCUAAUUCAGAAUUUCAUCCAAAGUUUAGCUAGAGUACAUAUUAAGAUUAAACGAUUGUGAUUUAAAAAUAAAGAUAGUUUUUUAACGGUUUUUGAUUAAGUGUCGAAUCGAAUCUCGUACGUUUUGUGUCAAUUCUUUAUGCAUGAGUCUCUUUCACCGAUUUGGUUGUUAAAAGAGUUACGGUACUGUUACACAUGCUCUAAAAUAGCAUGCUAAAAAGCGUGCUACUGAGUAUGCUCAAUACGAGCAUGCUUAUGGGCAGUUUACAUUUGCUAGCAAUGAGCAUGCUAGUUUUAACGGUUUACUACUACAAUACUAGCAUGCUCAAUAAGCAAACCUGUUCACACGCGCUAAAAGCACGCCCCCCUUCACCCGCGCUGCAGGUAGCAUGACCAAAAAUCGCUGAUAUUUGAGCAAACUCAAAAUGGGCAUGCUCAUUAUUAGCAAUGUUUAGACACACAUGCUACUAAGUAGCAAUUGCUCAAUAGUAGUAUGCUUUCGUGCUAGUAAUCAGCAUGUGUAACAGUACCUUUAAGAUGUGAAUGUUUAUAGAUAUAAGACUAGCAUGCUAAGUUAACGCUUUGUAAGGCAUAGGGGUGUCAGAAAUGAUACAAAAUUUAACUCUAUCACUUUGAAGUAAAGUUCAAAAUCGGGUGGGAAUAUCCGGUCAUUCGCCGAUGGUCUAGAACGCAAAAUGACUACUGUAAUAUUUUGUUUAUAUCGCUAUUAGUCUACAUCGCAAACGGUCAUCGCAAAAUGACCACAACAUUUUAUAUAGGUAGGUUAGGUUCGUUAGGUAUCUUCAAAUGGCCGAAGGCCAAACAGUACAGAAUAGGAGAUAAAACGGGAAAAAUUAUGUGGGCAUUUUGCGUUAUAGUCCGUUAGAGCGGUAGACUAUAACCGAUGUAGGUAAAAUAUUACACUAGUCAUUUUGCGUUCUAGACUUAAAAAUAGUACUUUAAUUUAUUAACAUAAAUUCUUUUAACAAGCUUUUAUUUAACUUGCCCUGUUAGCAGUAUACACCGAUUUAAGACACUUUUCCUAUACUGUGCUGUUAAGUGUGUAGCAAAGAGAAUUAGAAAUAGAGGUGGAUUUACAAAGUUUUUUUUUUAGCCACAAUAAAUUUACUGCCAUCUUUCGACACAUUAAAACUUUUAGAACGCCAUUUGACUUUGAUCCUUAUUCUUUCACUGAUAUAUGUUAGAUUUGUUAAAUAUCAAAAAGGCGCCAUCUAAUAGACGAAAAGCCAAAGGCAUGCCAGCAUCAUUUCGAGUGACGGUGCCAUAACCUUUAGGUUGUGCCUGGUAAGAUGGCAUUUGAUAUUUAACAAAUUUAACACAUAUCAAUGAAAGAAUAAGGUCCAAAGUUAAAUGGCGUUCUAAAAGUUUUAAUCACGUGUCGAAAGAUGGCAGUAAAUUAACGUGGGUACAAAGUUUUCUUUGACAAUACACCUCUAUUUCGAAUUCUCUUUGGUAUGUAGGUAUGUAUGUUUGUGUGGAUCAAAUCUUGGAAGCUUUUGCCCACUUCCCGGUUUCCGAUUGAGCUGAAAUUUUGCAUACAUAAGUAAGUCGGGCGACAAUGCAAUGUUAUGGUACCAUCAAGCUGAUUUGAUGAUGGAGUCAGAAAUUGGCUGUAAUAAAACAACGCAACCUGGGGCCAUUUCUUGAACGUCUAAUACAGACUAUUAUUAGUCCACGAACUGUCAAAUCGUAUGGAUUACCAUGGCAACACUCUAAUGUAAGGACUUAAUUAUUGAAACAACGACAUAUUGGAAGUGUCUUUUAUUUGUAAAGCGCUGUCUCACUCUUACCUUAUUGUUUAUACAUAUCUCUAUUCUUGUUACUCUAACGGUGUUAUUAAAUAUCGAAUGAGACUACUAUGGUUCGACCUAAUAAUCGACUUUGCCCUUACACUAAUAAUAUUAGACUAAUAACGUUCAAGAAAUGGGCCCCUGUUGUUUGAUAGACAGUUAACAGUGUAGGCGAUGGUUCUUAGGAUAAAAAAAAAAUGUAAGCAACAUGUGUCACGUGUCUUUAAUUAGGUGAAUACUCAAGCGAUCUUAUUGUAUAACUUUUCAUUUAUAAGUAUUUUUUAUAUUGCACCUGUUUGCAAACCUAAAUAAAAAUAUAUAAACCCAAUUCUAAUUGGGGAUUUUAGAAUUUUCUCGAUGAGUAUUAGUUGCCUGUGGAAAGAAAAGUACAGUGAGCGAUAAAAACUUGUACCAAAAAUUAUUUUUAAUGUAUUUUUUAACAUCACAAUAUACACAUACAGACCCCUCGUGUAGAGCUUGACAGGCCUAUUCGAACGUGCACUGACAUCAAACCGAUAUGAGAGUGAUAUUGGAAUCAUAUCAGUUAUCAUCCGCGCGGGCAUCUCGCUCGCACUAUUACUUGUUAGGUCCUGUUAGGACAAGUCUGAGCGAAAUGAACGCGCGAAACACACAACGGAUAUGAUUCCGAUAUCGGUUUGAUGUCAGCGUACGUUCGAAUUGGCCUGUGAGUGACUUCGAAAAUCAGCUUACACUCGAGUUAUAUUAUCACUUUCUUCAACGAAUAAUAGUAUCAAUAUUUUUUUUUUACUAAGAUUUAAGAAACCUGUGCGCAAGGCUUGGAAACCGGUUAAAUUUCCAAACCAUUAUCAUGUACUUGGCGCAAAAUCUUUUAAUUUCAGUUGUGUCCGUAAAGCCGUUAUAUUUAGAAGAUCAUUUCCAUAAAGUUCUUGCCGGAUUAACCGGUUUAGAAGAAUAAAAACCGGUUUACGCGGCACACCACCAAGCCCGCGGCCGUCUCGUCGCUUGUCGAAUAAACCGGUUUAUUUAGGUUACAAUAAAGUUCGUUCGCGUUUUGAUAAAAGUUCUGAGUAAAACCAAAAUAAAUCGGUAUAUACCGCUAUUUUUACAACCGGUUCCGAACCUUGCGUGUACGAACACGCACCAUUACAAAUUAAAAAAAAAACAACGGGUUGCACUCCGGGAGUGCCGGCAGAAGUGAAAACUUGAAUAUCAACGUUGUGCAUUUUUGAUUUUUUGGAAUGGUUAGGGAAUAAUUUUGCACGAAUUGCUAUAAUUAUCAGUAGAAAAGUACUAUCAUUUAUGUGAUAAAAUACAAUAUUCAUUGCAAGCGCCCUGCGCCGCUUAAACGAAACGGCAGGCGCAUACAUUUUCGCCGCGCGGUGGAAAGAGAGGGGAUAUUUCCUCUCCUACGCCGCGCCGGCGGCUGUCAAUGAUUGUAUUCUUUGCUUCAAUGACAUUGUAACGGUUUUUCGAUCAGGUUACGUGUCCGUCUUACGAAUUUUCAAUCUGUCGGUCACGUAACCUGUCGCGAGUUUAACAUUUUUUCCCCAUCACAAAAAGUGCACAGCGCCGCUAAAGUAGUUUUCACUUGAAAAAGUAUUUAUGUUUCAUUUGUUAAGUUUUUAUUCAAUUUGUUUUAUAUUUUUGUUUUAUCUGUAUAGUCGUGUCAUCCACGAUGACGCGCAGAUUAACCUUUUCAACGCUUUCUCCCUCGCAUCAAAAUGUGGCAUACACGCCAAUAUGUCAAAUAUUGAGAAACGAAUUUAAACCUUAUCUGUCAACAGUAAAAUUGCUUUGACAGCGUCUGCCAUGACCUCUUUAGUGGUCGUUGGCGUGGUAGGCACGACAGCACACGACCACUUUAGUGGCUCUUGGCGUUCAAAAGGUUAAUCAAAUCUAACCUAUAAUAACACGACAAUACAAGUCAAGGCAUGCGUCUUCCUGAAUGACACGAUCUAUGCCAUGUUUCUUAAUUACAAAAUAGAUUGCGUUCUAUUUAUUUUCAUAUAAUCGCAAGUGUAAUAUGAAAUCGAAAGUACAAACUAACGUACCUGAGUACCUACCUAUAAUUCUCCGAUCAAUAAAGUAUUGUUUUACAUUUUA